AGAGAAAAUAGAAGAUUUAUUACAAAGUGAAGAAAACAGGAACUUGGAUUUAGAGCCAUGUACCGGGUUCCAAAGAAAACUAAUCUAUCAGACUUUGAGCUGGAAGUAUCCCAAAGGCAUUCAUGUUGAGACUUUAGAAACUGAAAAGAAGGAGCGAUAUAUUGUUAUCAGCAAAGUAGAUGAAGAAGAGCGCAAAAGAAGGGAAGAGCAGAAACAUGCUAAAGAACAGGAGGAACUGAAUGAUGCAGUGGGAUUUGCUAGAGUCAUUCAUGCCAUCGCUAAUUCAGGAAAACUUGUUAUCGGACACAAUAUGCUCUUGGAUGUCAUGCACACAGUUCAUCAAUUCUACUGCCCCCUGCCUGCGGACUUAAAUGAGUUUAAGGAGAUGACAACAUGUGUUUUCCCCAG